GACGGGUCUCAAAGCUUCAGAGCGCGAUUGUGCAGGAACGUUGGCGUCCUUGGGAGCUUCGGUCGCAGUCGAUUGGCGGGCGCGACAGGAGGGCAGCAGCUCGCCCCGCCUUCGGCGCCGUCUGUCAGGCCACCACCGCUCCACCGUCCAGCACCCCCUCUCACCGGAAAGGGAGGGCGCCGGGAGUCCCUGCGCGUCAGUCUUGAGGACGCCGGGCGUGGCACCACCGCGCGAUCUUGACAUCAGGCGCGGUCCGGCGCGCAAUUGGCAGGCGGGCAUGUGGCGCGCUCUGGCACGAGCUCGGGCUAUUGGGCGCGCGGCGCCGGUAGGCGGAGCCUGGAAGCGAGGUCUUAAGGCCGCGGAGCAGGAGUGCGCUGACAGCCGGCGCCUGAGACCCCCGGGAUACCCGAAACGCGCCAGGACAAUGCCGGAGAUCAACACCAGCCAUUUGGACGAGCAGCAGGUGCAGCUGCUGGCGGAGAUGUGCAUCGUCAUCGACGAGCACGACCACAAGAUUGGGACCGACAGCAAAAAGAACUGCCAUCUGAACGAGAACAUCGAGAGAGGGCUGCUGCACCGCGCCUUCAGCGUGUUUCUGUUCAACACCGAGGACAAGCUCCUACUGCAGCAGAGGUCGGACGCCAAGAUCACUUUCCCAGGUUGCUUUACCAACACCUGUUGCAGUCAUCCUGUAAGUAAUCCCAGAGAGCUUGAAGAAAAUGAUGCUAUUGGAGUAAGACGAGCGGCCCAGAGGCGGUUAAAGGCUGAAUUAGGAAUCCCCAUAGAAGAGGUUCCUCCAGAGGACAUUAAUUACCUAACCCGAAUUCACUACAAAGCUCAAUCUGAUGGCACCUGGGGAGAACAUGAAAUUGAUUACAUCUUGUUUGUGAGGAAGAAUGUAACUCUGGAUCCAAACCCCAAUGAGAUUAAAAGCUACUGCUAUGUGUCAAAAGAAGAACUGGAAGAGCUCCUGAAAAAGGCAGCCAGUGGUGAAGUUAAGAUAACUCCAUGGUUUCAAAUUAUCGCAGAGACUUUUCUCUUUACGUGGUGGGAUAACUUGAAUCAUUUGAAUCAGUUUGUUGACCAUGAAAAAAUACAUAGAAUGUAGUAAAUGUGGAGAUGAAUGAUGAACGAAAUACUGAAAAACUUCCAAGUGAACUUAAAUUUUUUUUUAAUCUGGCUCUCCAUUAGAAUUCUCAUUUGAAAUGAUACUUUACAACCAGUAUUUGUGUGGGAAAUAAAGCCACUUCUUAACUGUG